GCAUGCAACUAUGCAAGUCUCCCCUCCAUAUAUAUAUACACACAUAUACAUAUACAUAACACAACUCACUCCUCGAUAUUACUUGCAUAUUCAUUCUUAUUCGUUCAACAAACGCACCACCUUUUUGUAAGUUGAGAUUUCACAAACAAUGAAGAGAGACAGAGAAGAGGAAGGAGAGAUUGAGACCGCACACAUGGCCAACCUCCUGAUGCAACUCUCCAAAGCAAACCAAACGACACCGACACGCCGUUUGUUUUCGUGCAAGACAUGCAACAGGCAAUUCCCGUCGUUUCAGGCGCUGGGAGGACAUCGCGCAAGUCACAAGAAACCCAAAUUCGAUCGAGAAGAAGCCCCGAGUUCGCCUGUGAAGCCGAAGACACACGCUUGUACGAUAUGCGGCCUCGAAUUUCCUAUAGGACAAGCCUUGGGAGGACACAUGAGGAGACACAGAGCUAGCGGCGCCACGGCUGUGAGUGACCGUAGCUUGAUGACUACUCGUCCUCUGUUGCCGUCAGUGCCAGCUCUGAAGAGAUCCACGAGUAAAAGAGUGAUCUUGUGCUUGGAUUUGAAUUUGAUGCCAUCGGAGAAUGAAGAUUUGAAGUUUCAAAAGGAGGCUCCUUUGUAUCGCUUUAUCUAGAUUCAUGAGGCCAUCCUUUGUGAAAGCUUCCUAGAGUUAGCUUAGGGUUUUUUUACUAUGAUUAUUUUUUUUUCUUUAAAAAUAUAGUGCAUUAUUUGGUUGAUUUUAUUAAUUACUUAUUUGGUUACCUAGUGAUAGAGAGAUUUUUUUAAUUGAUUCUUUGUUUUGAGUUCCUUUACCA